AAAAUAAUGAAAGGCCAACAGAGAACAGAGACAAGCACCAAACACAUAAACAAAUUAUUAACCAGAAACAUUAAACUGCCAUUAAGUAGCCAGAAAAUGCCAAAAGUGUACUUCAACCUCCAACAACAACAACAUUGGCAACAGGUACGACCGACUUAAACAAGCAGAAAGGGAAUAGGCAAGCAAGUAAAAAAACACAAACAAUACAGAAUGAAAUAUUUAAAGCAGCAGCCACUACCACCAUCAUCAUCACCAUACAGCAGAAGCAAGCAGAACAACGAUGGAAACCAGAUUUAGAUUUUUUUUGUACGGCUCACAUCAUAUCUACCACAAGCGCUAUCAGUUGCUGCCUGGCUGGCUGGACUAUUGUUAAGCGCAUCAUAACAACAAGCAAAGAACGGUGUACGGCGAACGCUGGCUGAGUGUAGAUUAAGACAAGCUGCUGCUUAGAGAAGAAGCUCACAAAAACCUUUUGUGUAUUUUGAUUGAUUGACUCGGGCGAUAAAAUGUGGAAAAAAGCCGGUAUCUGAGUAGUUAUGAUGUGUUUGAGGUAAACAAAUAAUUACAUCCAAACCGAAGAGAAUAGCAUCCCAAAGUAAAUAUACAAAUAUCUGAAAAUUCAAGUGUGAGGUCAUCCGUCGCCAGAAGAAUAACCUCCAAGCACAGCUGCUGUUACGCGGUGAAGGUGUCGUUUGUGUUUCUUUUUUUGUUUAUCAAGUUAUUCGAUUAACUUUGUUAACUCCCUGACUACCCAGCAAAUCGUGCAACAAUUCCAAGGCCAACAAAGUGAUUGUUGUAGUGUGGCUAAAAUUAAGCGGGCAACUGGGAAUGUGAGAAGUGCCGUGUAAUUUCUCAGAAAACCACAAACGCUAUUGUCUGCUUUGGGCGGUGCACUGGAUACAAGAAAAGAAAUUCUAUUCCAAAUUAGAGAAAUCUGCAGACUUAAAAAGAAACACCUUGGCCUUUAUAUGAACAAUGGAGAAAUUUCUAUUACUCAGCAUAACGGUGACGGGCAUUGUUGUCUUGUGGCCGCUGCUGUGUUUGUGCGAGUGUGAUGUAGAGCAAAGCCUUUCUUUGCCGGAUUUACCAUUGGAGCAUUUGAAACGCUACAUAAACACGUUCGACAAAGUAAAGCAACAGUAUCAGAACAAAACGGAACUACUGCAGAAAAUCGUGCAAAAAGACAACAAAGGUUGUUGGGGCCAUGAACCGGACUGUGCCAAAGAAAAUCGAUUUCAAACACCCAUUUGCCCGGGCUCGCAUACGGGAUGGGUGCGCAACAAAGAAUCCCAGGUGGAGACAUUCUAUGAGCAGGCAGAUUUUGGUUACAUUAAACAUCAAAUAAAGGAGAUGAAGUUAAUGUGCGAACCCAAACUUAUUACCGAUUCCUCGUUGGAGUGCACCGAGUACAUGAGAUUUUGUCGUGGCCGUUAUCUUAUGUUGGACUUUAGAGAUUUGCCCAAACGGCAAGAACGUAUACGUUAUCACAUGGAUGUACUGAAGGAAGGACAAAUUCAAGGCUAUUGUCAGUUGAAUGAAACUCGCCUCAAAUCUCAGCUAGAUCACAUGGGUGCCUUGCAGUCGUGGUCACCAGAACUGCGCAACUUCAUCGAAUCCAAAGAACCAAUCAGCGAAAGCAGUGAACAGUGUGAUAUGUUCAUUAAUACGCCCACAUUUCUAAUGAAAAUCGAUGCCACCUACAAUAUGUAUCAUCAUUUUUGUGAUUUUUUCAACUUGUAUGCCACGCUGUUUGUAAAUCAAACUCAUAGUUCAGUGUUCGAUAGAAAUACCCAGGUGAUAGUGUGGGAAACCUAUCCGUAUGACUCACCGUUCAGAGAUACAUUCAAGGCGUUUAGUACUAAUCCUGUUUGGACAUUGGAUCAGGUGAAGGGCAAACGGAUAUGUUUUAGAAACGUUGUCUUUCCAUUGCUGCCACGCAUGAUUUUUGGCCUGUACUAUAAUACACCAAUUAUUCAAGGGUGUGAAAAAAGUGGAUUGUUUAGAGCUUUUUCAGAAUUUAUUUUGCAUCGUUUGAAGGUACCCUUUGUUGCACCCAAAAACAACAAGAUACGAAUAACAUUUUUAUCGCGACGUACCAAAUAUAGACGCGUAAAGAACGAAGAGGAAUUGUUGGAAGAAAUAAGUAAAAAUGAAGACUACAUAGUACAAAAAAUUUCAUAUGAAAGAGAAUUAACAUUCCUGCAGCAACUGGAAGUAACACGCAACACUGACAUUCUCAUUGGCAUGCACGGUGCGGGUCUGACACAUUUACUCUUUCUACCCGAAUGGGCAAGCCUCUUUGAACUCUAUAAUUGUGAGGAUCCAAAUUGUUACAAAGACUUGGCCAGAUUACGUGGCAUCAACUAUAUAACAUGGGAAGAACGUGACCUAGUGUAUCCUGAAGAUGAGGGCCAUCAUCCCGAAGGUGGUGCUCAUGCUAAAUUUACAAAUUAUGCCUUUGAUGCAAAAGAAUUUGCACGCCUGGUAGACAAAGCAGCAGAGCAUGUGAAAGCGCAUGUAGAUUUUCAAAAAUAUAAUCAAGAGGCUUUAACAAAAGAUGAGCUGUAAAAUGUUAUUUUUAUAAAGAUAUAUAGUACUGUUGAGAUUAUUAUUGUAUGUACUUAAGAGUUUUUUGUGGUAUUUUCGUAUUUAAGUAAGUUGUAAUUUUAUUGAAAAUAAAAUUAAAAGAACGACAAGUAUUUUUGAUAACCAAAUCGAA